AAGAACUGGCCGGCCCUGCUCAUCCUGGUCAUCAUCGCCCUAACCGUGGGUGGCAACAUCCUGGUCAUCCUGGCUGUGUCGCUGGAGAAGAAACUCCAAAAUGCCACCAAUUUCUUCCUGAGGUCCUUGGCAGUGGCCGACAUGCUGGUGGGCAUCCUGGUAAUGCCCAUCUCUCUCAUCAACAUCCUCUAUGACUACGCCUGGCCCCUGCCCAGUGCUUUGUGUCCCAUCUGGAUCUACCUGGACGUGCUCUUCUCCACCGCCUCCAUCAUGCACCUGUGCGCCAUCUCUCUGGACCGCUACGUGGCCAUCCGCAACCCCAUCGAGCACAGCCGAUUCAACUCCAGGACCAAAGCCAUGAUGAAGAUUGCCGCCGUCUGGACCAUUUCCAUAGGCGUCUCCACACCAAUCCCGGUGAUCGGCCUCCGCCACGAGGACAAGGUGUUCGUCAAUGGCAGCUGCGUUCUCAAUGAGGAGCGCUUCAUCCUGAUCGGCUCCUUCGUGGCCUUCUUCAUCCCGCUGGUCAUCAUGGUGGUCACGUACGGUCUCACCGUCCAAGUGCUGCAACGGCAGGCCACCGUCUUCCUAUGCGAGGCCAAGUCGGCAUCCCAGCAGCCUUUGCGGCCCCCGGCCCACACCGCCGGCUCGGACAUCCACGCGACAGGUGAGCUCCCAGUUUAGCCAGAUGUCAAACCGACGUCAGAGCCGGGUCUGCUCUUGAGUGUCUCCGCGUCCGAGUGUGUGGGCAUUCUUCCUGGCUCCGAGGCAACGUCUCAGCUCAGCUCGCCGGCCGCCGGGCCCGGACGCGGUGACGGCGCCGCGUGCCACGGUCGACGCGGGAUGAUGCAGGCCAUCAAGAACGAGAGGCGGGCCUCCAAGGUAUUAGGAAUUGUCUUCUUCCUCUUUCUCAUCAUGUGGUGUCCGUUUUUCAUCACCAAUGUCACCUUGGUGCUGUGUGGAGGCGCCUGCGACGAGUCCCUGCUGCAUGAACUGCUUAACGUCUUCGUGUGGGUGGGCUACAUCUCAUCAGGGGUCAACCCGCUGGUCUACACACUCUUCAACAAGACUUACAGGAGAGCUUUCUCCAGCUACAUCCGCUGUCGCUACAACGCCGGCGCCAACGUGGCCGGGGCCGGGCAGGCCUUCAAGAACCCUCUGGCUCUGCCGCCGCCCCCGUCGUCCUCGCACGCCGUUACGCCGCCGGACAGCCGUAGCAAGGCCAAUACGGAACGGAGCCGAGACGGCGACUGUCGAAACGGCGGACGGACGGGCCCGGAGGACAGCUUGGACCGAACCGGGGGUGGUGUGGCGCCCCUCCUUGGGGGGGCGCUCUCUGAAACAGAAACUGAAGAGCAGGAGCUGUCGCUUAUCAGUUGCAGCCCCGCCUCUACUGUCCAUACCAGCAGCGUGUGA